AUGGCCACCUUCGUGAGGCUCAGCACCAAAGCCAAGGUCCCCGUGGGCUUGGGCACCUGGCAGGGAAAUAACACACGAUUCCCUGGAGGGGCUUUGGGCGUUUUCUCCUGCGAAGAGGACGAAGCCAAGCCAAGGUCCCCGGAGUCCCUCCAGGACCGCGCAGAGCUGUUCCUCUCUGUGACGGCCACGGAAGGGCUGGUGGAUGAGGGCCUGGUGAGAGCCAUUGGCAUCUCCAACUUCAACCACUUCCAGAUCGAAAGGCUCUUGAACAAACCUGGGCUGAAACACAGACCAGUGACUAACCAGAUUGAGUGUCACCCAUGCCUCACGCAGGAGAAACUGACCCAGUAUUGCUACUCCAAGGGCAUCCCUGUCACGGCUUACCGCCCUCUGGGCUCUCUGAGUAGACCUUGGGGUGGCACCUGAGACUCUUCCCCACUGGAGGAUCCCAAGAUUAAGGAGAUUGCUGCAAAACACACACACAAAACCACCGCCCGGGUUCUGAUCCGGUUCCAGGUCCAGAUAAAGGUGGUCGUGAUCCCCAGGUCCACGACACCAGCACACACUGUUGAGAACUUUCAGGUCAGAUUCUGGCUGGUCUUUGACUUUAAAUUGAAUGAUGAGGAGAUGAGGACCAUUCUUAGCUUAAAUAGAAACUGGAGGGUCUUGGACGGGGUCUCGUUCUCUCAUUUGGAGGACUUUCCCUUCAAUGCAGAAUAUUGA